AAUUUACCAGCUAAUGUUUCCGUAGGAGGCGGACUCCUGCCCCUCUCCUUAUCUUUACCUGUUUACCAAUUUGAGCUCACUAAAAACAAAUUCCACUCCCCACCCCCUGUUUUAUCUGACCGAGCCCCUGUCACUUCUAUCCCCCCCUAUCUCGCAAGUCAGUUGAAAUCUGAACAGCAGAUAUGACAGCUUACAUCACGCCGGCAGAUUGUUUGUCCUGCUGGUUGUUAGUGCACUAAUAUAAAUAUAUGUAUUCCGACUGUUUGUUCCCAACUCUUCUUCGACAGAUCAGUGCUGGUCCCUAGUAACUAUGGUAACUAACGUCCCUAGUUCACAUAGCCUGACACUGACUCCGGGGGGCGCUAUGCAGGGAAAAAACUCUUCAAACACGGUAUGGUGCAAAUUGUUGUACUUGUUGUCCUCUGCAGCUUGGCUGGUCUGGGCAGAAGUGCUGAUGAAAUGACAAACGGGAUGCCUCCUUUUAUGUUGAUCGUUCCUCAGUAUUUUAGAGCCGGCCACACUACAAAUAUGAAGUUGAUGUUGUUCACGGAGAAUUCUGGUAAUAUCUCUAUCAAGUAUUACAACUACACUCGACAGUACUACCCUGAAAAUAUUUACCGAGAGACUGUUCUGAUGGAAGAGACGUACGAGGUAAACGAAGAUCACAGAAUCAUUGCUCUCCCCAUAGAGGUACCGGAGACUCUGGUGGGUAAUCACGUGAUAGAAUAUUCCGGACAUGUGGAGGAGUUUGGUUCCUUCUUUUACAAAGGGUCAUCCCUACCAGUCAGAGACACCGGGUACAAGUCCUACGUUCAGACUGACAAACCUGUCUACAAACCAGGCCAACCUGUCAGGUUUCGAGGAUUUUCUGUGGAUUCCUAUUUACAAGGUGUAAAGCUAUCUGACGGAUUGAAAGUUGAGAUCACUAACCCUGAUGGUGUAGUUCUUUUUGAAGAGGUGAUUUCAAACGAAGAAGGAGUUAUCCACCAAGGAACAUUCUUGCUAGCUGAAGAAGCAAAGAUAGGAAUCUACACAAUCAGAGUGACCGGCAAGAACUCUGCUUCCUGCUCUUUCUAUGUGGAGGAAUACGUUCUCCCCAAGUUCGGGGUAGAAAUUGAAGGACCAGGACACAUCGCGUCUGGAGACACGAUGGUUCGAGGUAAAGUCUCCGCCACCUAUACAUACGGCAAACCUGUUAACGGGAAAGUAGUCCUGAAGUUCGCUGUUGACAACAAACAACAGAAAAUGUACGCAGGAGCUUAUCACUUUAAGGAGAUUACUAUGGAGUUAGUGGAUGGCAGUGCUCUGUGGGAGAUCGAUGUAACUGAGCUGGUGACAAAGCGACUUAAAUACCUGUUCAACCCUUUCUGUAGCCCUUCUGUUCUUGUGAUUGCUGCUUCUGUUUCUGAUGCUGUAGGGGGUUUCAACAUUGAGAAAGUGGACUCUUCGACCAAGUUCAGUCAAACUUCAGUUAGACUGUCUUUCAACGAAAACACGCAAAAGAAUUAUAUAGCUGGCUUCCCCUUCUAUGUUGAACUGGAUGUUGAGGCUCUUACUGUGACUAAUAUAGAAAACAUGCCGGUCAAGCUCACAAUGAUAUCAGGACUUACUGAGCUCAAGUAUGUUUAUAAGAAUGUUCUUGUUCAAAAUAGGAAAGUGUACGCUUCAUUUGAUGUGCCUGAGAAUGCGUGUGCUCUGAAGAUAACAGCUGAGAUGGAGGUGAGAGAUGCUUGUGAUACAGUGUUUGCUUGCUUCCAACCUGAGAGGCUGGUUUCAAAGACUAAAGAGUUUAUUCGGCUGGUAAAGACUGAACCCGAUUCUUAUAGAGCAGGUGGAACUGCUUCUUACAAGUUACUCUCCAGCAAGAGAGUAGAAAGUCUUCUAUUAGUUAUUCUAUCUAAAGGAAACAUGGUGAAAAGUUGGGGCACAGUUCCGGAAUGGGAAGAAGACGAGUCCGGGAAGUUUUACAAUGAGGGUUCAAUGACAAUACCAUCAGAUAUGAUUACUAGAUCUCGUCUGUUGGUACUGGCUGCUGACAAUGUAUCAGGUUACAUUGUAGCGAGUGCUAUAGACCUGUCUAUUGUGGAGGACCUAAAUCACAAACUUUCUCUGCGGAUGGAUACUAGGUCCGCUAAACCGGGUGAAAAUGUAACUAUGUUCCUAACUAGUGACCCAAAUUCUUUUGUUGGCGUCAGUGUAAAUGAUGUUAGCUUGGAGCUCAUUAAGAAGCCAUGCAAAGUCCUGACCAAGGAAUCAACCCUUUCUUUCGUGAGAGAGCUGGACGGUGGAACUCAUAAAGACUUCAGCUGUGAGAGAAACGACCCCUACCAGUGCAAGUCAAAUACUGAAGUUAAAACUAUUGACAUUAAAGGGCUCCUCGACAGCGAAGGCUUGCAACUAACUACAAACAUGAUGUUUCACGAUUAUGAUGCUGCAGAAGAAGUUAGAGACGAUGAUAUGCUGAUGUAUUCUGAACGUGAAUUUUCAGGAUCGUCUGGUAGAGGGGGAGCAAACAAGAAAGCCAAGGCCAGUAACCGAUUAGAAGAGUUUGAUUCAGCUCCUGAGGAUGAGGAAACCGAAGAAGACACUUUAAAAAUACGAAACAAUUUCCCUGAGACCUGGCUUUGGACCGAUAUGGUCAGUGAUGAAAACGGAAAGAACAUCAUUUCAGCGAUAGCUCCUGACACAAUCACAGGAUGGAAAGGAAGUGCCUUCGGAUUGUCCCCUGAAAAAGGAUUGGGAUUCUCUAAUGAAAUAGAGUUCCAAACAUUCCUUCCUUUCUUUAUAAGUUUAGACUUGCCAUAUUCUGGAACUGUUGGAGAGAGAAUAACUAUUCCCGUCAGAAUAUUCAACUAUUUAGAUGAUGAAGUUUCAGCAACAGUCCGAAUCUCUUCCGAAAUGUGGGGUGACCAGGAUGCAACAGCGACCAUAGCUUCUAAAAAAGCUAGUACCGUUGAAUAUGAAAUAAGCCUCACCGAGGCUGGGAGUCACGACAUCACAGUCACAGCCGAGACCAGUACUGGUGAGUCAGACGCUGUCCAAAAGAGCCUAUUCGUUCAGCCAGGUGGUGAAAAAAUUAUUGAUACAAGCAGUUUAUUGAUAAUGCAGAAAGAUAAGUCGGUAGGAAAAACAGUGAUGACAGUAAGGUUACCGGACGGAUUCAUUCCAGGAUCUCACCGUCUAAAAUUUGUAGUAGUUGGGGACAUCCUCGGCGAAGCUAUCGCGGGAAUUUCUAGCUUGAUUCAACUUCCUUCGGGGUGUGGUGAGCAGAACAUGCACAAGAUUGCGAUCAACGUUUUCUCAGCAAACUAUAUCAAAUCCCUGUACGACGAACUUCCUGAAAAUCUUGAUUACAGCAUCAAGCACAACCUGAACAUCGGACUGCAGCAACAACUGGCCUACAGAAGAGGAACAACUGGCUUCAGUAACGGGUAUUCCAUAUUUAAAGGUGGCCCCUCCAGUGACUGGCUAACAGCAUUCGUCUACAAGAUAGUUUCACUGUUCCCCGAACAAGUGUUUGUUCCGUGUAACAGUGCCCUGGACAGUGACAGAGACUAUCUCACUCGACUGAUUGAACUAGAAAAAGGGUACAAGUCAAGCACUGCUGUUGCCAGAGACGGUUGGGCUCCUUACCAAUACAACUAUCAUCAAAACAAGGACCUUUACUGGCAAUCUUACUUCCUCAUUUCUAUGCUGGAGAGCAACGGAGUGAGCCGAUGUGGAAGCACCCUGACUGAUUCUUCUUAUAACUCUGAUAGACUAGGAAAAGUUUGCAACUCCAUCCUUGACCUAUCUGCUCGAUCAGAUGAUUGCUGCUAUCAUCACAUGGUAGCUUACUCCGUUCAACUCUGCAAAGACCAUGGCCUUCUUGACCAAGUGUCCCGUUUAUCUUCCAGCGAUGAUGAGAAGUGUAUGGGCUCUUCAACUGAUGGGAGGUAUAAGUUUGCUACAUGUGAAGAGAAUCUUGAAUUUGAAUCCUUCAUGGGGUCAAGUAAGUCUAUUGAAGCUACUGGUUAUGCAGCAUUGUAUUUCAUGCAGAAAGAUAGAAUUGAAGACAGUCUUCCAAUGAUCAUGUGGCUUGCCAGUCAAAGAAAUGAGAACGGAGGAUUCCGAUCCAGCCAAGACACUGUCAUUGGACUGCAGGCUCUUGCUAAGUUUGCGGAGGUAAGUAAUGCAGAUAUGCCUAAACGAACUGAUCUCACAAUUUUCCUCGGGAAAGGUGGGUCAUACUUCGAAAAGGUUCGAAUCAAAGAAGAAAAAAAGAUGUCAACCAAAGAAAUAAUGGUGGCUCCAGAGUUUGGAGAAUACAAAGUUAAGUGGACUGGAGUUGGAACUGCAUUUGUUCAGAUGAUAUCCGAAAUUCACGUCUCUAGCAAAUACUACAGCCCUCUGUAUAUGCUGGAAGCUGCAGCUGCAACUUAUGACGGCCUCCCAACCAUCAAAGUAGCUUUUAGACUUCCUGAGGAAUCAAGUUCCACAAUGUAUCUACUGGAGGUAGCUUCACCUACUGGCAUGGUCUUCACAAAGUCUCUUGUUGAGGGACAACUUCAGUUGACCGACGGUGGAUUCUCUGCUAUUACAAGAUACGACAUUAAGGAAGGAGGACAACGGCUUCAUCUCUACGUGGAUCCUGCCACAAAGCUUAGAGAAAUCGAUCUUUCAAUCCCCAUGGACACUAAGUUCGAGGUAACCAACAGAAUGCCAGUACAAGUAUCUUUGAUAGAUUACUACAAUCCCUCUAAAAGGCAGACCAUCUUUUACUCUUUUGAUGAGUCCGAUGCAGGUGUUGAUGCUAUGACGAAUAUUGGAUGCUCUCUGGCUUUAUCCUGUGACCUCCUGGAGAGCGCAGAAGCCAUUGUCUUAGGUUAUCCUGGUGAGAGUUCUGGAGACGUUCUCCAGAUCAAGAAUGCCUUCCCUUACAAAGAAUGCAAGGGAAGCACUGUCCAUAAUAUGAGUGUAGAUGCGAGGUUUGCGAGUUCUCCUGACGGGUUGUGUGUCCCGUCGCUUAGAAACACCAAGAGUUUCUUCCUUCUCCGUUACAGUGCUGAUGGGCGGAUGGAAAUCACUGGGAUGACUUCUUAUGAGCUCGCUUUACCGAAGAUAGCCGAGUGCUUCUCGGUUAUUAACUCAUGUGAUCAGGCACGAUGAGCUGAACAAGGUUGCAGGCUGAUAAAGAUGCUUGCUAUAUUUUCUCGUUGUUUGCCUCUAUAUCAUAACAUUUUAGGGUUUUUGUUUGUUUUAGCAUAGAUUAUUUCAUUCUUUAACUUUAUAAUCUUACUCUGUAUUGUGUAUAACUAUGUUGAAUUGUAAAAAAUAUUAUUUUCUCACAUUUUUCUUCUGUUCAGCUUAUAACCAACCCUUCCUUGAAUUUU